AGCUGACUACACUUUAAACAGUGUUGUGUAAUUUUUUAAACAAAUCGGCCCAAACCGAACGGAGCAAAGAAUUUUUAUUUUGAGCUGAAAAUUCUCAAUUCUUACACAUCCCAACAUGACCCUCUCGUUGCUCCUGCGUAGCGCUGUUCGUUGCAAUGCCGCAAAUAUUGUUAAGUCGGCUCGCAUCACGCCCCUGAAGAGCUACUCCACCCUGGUGGCCAAUGUUCAGCGAAAGGCGGUGGUCCAGCCCCUUGCCGUGGCCAAGAUUGCAGCGCCCGUCGUGCGCGAGAUCUCCGUGAGUGCACCUCGUAUGGCUGCCGCUGGAUCCAGUCACACCCUCCUCUGGACUGUGGAGCGGAUUGUGUCCGCCGGCCUGUUGGCCGUCAUUCCAGCUGCCUUCAUAGCUCCAUCCCAGGUCUUGGACGCUCUUUUGGCCAUCUCCGUCGUCAUCCACACCCACUGGGGUGUUGAGGCCAUGGUAGUGGACUACAUGCGGCCAUCUGUCGUUGGAAACGUCCUGCCCAAGGUAGCCCACAUUGCGCUGAUCAUCAUCUCGGUGGCCGCACUGGGUGGCCUUUUCUACUUCAUCCAGAACGAUGUGGGUCUGGCCAAUGGCAUCAAGCGAUUCUGGGCCAUCAAGGGCAAGGAUACACAGAAGGCUUAAAUGUCAACGGAGCAACCAGUUGACGAACCACGAAACACCAGUUAUUUAUUCUUAGUUUCGCGAUAAGCAUUAAAUAAAGAAUUGUAAAAAGUCA